AUGGAUAUUGAUAGUGCGUCUGAUAGGGAACAGAGUGGUACACAGGUUCCACCGCUGAGUGGUACACUAGUGGAUAAUAAUUCACUUAACGGACUAGCACAGCCGAGUGGCUCACUAGCUGGGAGUGGCACACUUAUACAUACACAACGAAGUGGUACACUGGUUGAAGAACAGCGAGCAGAUACAGAAUCGGACCAUCUCGACCCUAUUAUUCAGCCCAUAGCACAACACCGAGUGGACUGGAAACCUGCACUGGACCAAUCAUCAGUCGGGCAGCAGAUUGUAGCCGUAGUCCUGAUAAAUGGCAAGUUCGGUGUAGAACUAUUUGCGAGCAUCGAUGACCACGUCCUCGACGUCUAUACAACUGACGACCGCACAGGCACCUUUCUUCAUCGAGGCAAUCGUGUAGUGGGUUUACCACCCUGGAAAUAUGCAGUACUGGCGAGACGUAUGGGCGGUCGCACGAGCCCACCUAUUCUCCUCCCAACGAGUUUUGGCCCGUUUAGUUUGAAGGGCCCACCGCCAGCACUUAGCGUUUUGGGAUACGAACUUACUCCUUGUUUCGCGAGUGAAAAUCGCUCCCAUCGCCCAACGACAGCCACUCCCGAACCAGUCGGCGACCCACGCCCUUUGGAACGAGCGCAGGAGUCAGCACAACAGCUCCAGCGGGAGACUCGGACAUGGAAGUGGCGCAAUCCAGUUCCAACACCAUCGCAGAAGUCGGUAUCCCAUGAGGAUAUUCAUGCGAUCGUACCAACACACCUACUGCCAACCCCGCACUCCGCUCCGACAGACUCUAGCAGUCAGCCCUUUCCCAAAGAUUGGGUAGCGGCUGACCAGUGA